CGCUUAAACAAAAGAAAUACAGAUUUGGACCUUAUUAGUAGUGGGGACCUAACACCGGUUCCAACGCAAACACACAGACAACUCCCCUCCAGUGGGCGAAAAAAAUUCCAGCUCAAAACAAGAAGAGACGGCACUGACGAAAGGUUGCGGAAUAUGUAUCCUGGUCAGUCAGUCUAUACCAUGAGCCAAAAAUUCUCCUGUGACGAAUGUGAUGAAGCAUUUCCUUUGUAUGACCUGUUGAAAGCCCACAUCCGCACAACCCAUUCAUUGGCUUCACAACAGCAACGUAGUUAUUGCUGCGCAAUCUGCAACAAAGCUUUCACACAGAGAACAAACCUGCGUACACAUGAAAGAGUGCACUCUGGUGAAAGACCCUACAAAUGUGCGAUGUGUUCCAAGGCAUUUUACCAACGUACCAAUCUACGAAAUCACAUACGAACUCACACAAACGAGCGACCUUAUACUUGCACGGUAUGUGGGCGUGCCUUCACUCAGCGAGGUAACUUGUACCUUCAUGAAAGAAUUCAUUCUGGUAUUCGUCCAUUUCAGUGCAACAUUUGUGAGCGAGCUUUCUCGCAGAAGGGUAACCUUAAAAGCCACCUGCGCACACAUGAGCGCAAGAAGGAUGCAGGAAAGAACUAUUCUAAAGUUGAGGGGAAUAACAUUACUGCAUUUGCGUGUGGCGAGUGUGGAAAAGCAUUCCAGCGCCAGUCCUUGCUUAAGUGUCAUGAAAAAACACACCAACUUGAACAGCAAUCACUGAAACAGAAAGCAUGUGAGGAUAAGGAAGAAGACAUGACAUUGAGUAACUACAAACAGAGUGGUAUAUCUCAAGCUGUCUUUCCUGAUACAUCUUCACCCUUGCUCCUGAGAAUCACCACAAAAUGAACCUUUCCAACAACAAUCUAAUAAAUCUUCAUUUUCUCUCCUCAUAUACACCCUUUCCCUUCUCUCUCUCUCUCCAUCCUUUGUCACUUUCAUGCAGUCUCUUUCUUGCCCCUCUCUUUCUUUCAUAGACCCUAUUUCCCUGCUCCUCAUACUCACUCUCUCUUUCCUCUUAAUUCAUUACUUCUCUCAUAUUCUCUGUUCCUUUUUCAGUCACCAUCAUGUAUACACUCUGUAUUACAUCUUCACUAUCAUACGCUAUAUAUAUCUUAACAGUUACAAUAUUACACAUACAUCAUGCAGCACAUUGUCAUUACAUCUGCACAUUUCUUUGCUAAUAGCUGAGGUUAAAGUGGCGGACCACAGACUACAUAGGCAUGAGUUGUUCAAACCAUACUACUACUACUAUUACAAUCAAUCAGCAUGUUAUCUCUCUAAGCAAAAUAUAGCCCUGAUUUCUCCAGUUUACCUGUCUAACUGAAAUGAUUUUCCUUCACUUAGGAGGUCUAUUUUAGAGUUAUUACCCCUGCCUGCCUUGGUGAGAGAGAGAGAGAGAGUCUUGAUCUUUUUUUUUUACAUGGUGUUAACAUUUAUUUAAACAGAUGCCACUCAUACUUCAUGGGUGGGUGUCUAGAAGUAGGAAUGGAUAUUCAUUUGCAAAAACAAUCAUUCACACUACUCACACUAGCAAUGACAAAUAUACUUCAUAAAACUAGUCAAUAAGGGAGCUUCUAUGAGGUCGAUUGAUCUUCCGAAAACAGCAGCCAGAUCUCCCUCAGAUCACAAUAAAUAUACAACAAAUGUAACUAGUCACUGAGAGAACCUCUACAAGGUUAUUCACCAUGCUGGGAAUAGUGGUCACUUAUCCUCCAAUUACAUGACAAAUAUGCAAUAUAUAUAACUAAUCGAUAAAGGAAUUCUACAAGGUCAUUCAACCUACAGAAAUAGCAAUCAAAUUUCCCUUAAAUUACACCCUACCACUCUGAAAAAGGAAGAAUGUGGUCCUAUAUUUUGCAAUGCCUGCGAAAAGAUUGGAUGGUCAUGACUGGAAUGCUCUGAUGUGUGUGUGUAUUAUGAAAA